UGAAAACAACAAUGUUGACAAUGUGGAGAUUCUACGGGUAUUUUUUUGUUUUAGGGUUUCUUAUUGCAGACACUCUCUCUGACAACGACAUUAACGGAUGUGAAGAGCAGCCGUGCCAUAACGGUGGUGUGUGUGUUGGCGAUCAUGCAAGCUACCGAUGCCUCUGCUCCCUGCAGAGCCGAGAUGGGCGACUCUAUGGGGGAAAGAACUGCACAGUUGCUCUGCUGGGUUGUAAUGCCAACCAUUGUGAGAAUGGAGGAAUUUGUUCUCCUCUCUUUAUGAACAAUCGGCAUGCCUACACAUGCAUCUGCCAGGCCGGUUUCUCGGGCCUGAAUUGCAACACUCCUACAGUAUUUUCAUUUGAGACCCAGGGUCACAUGUAUGUGGCAACUCAGCUUCUGGAUCCUGAAGCACCGCUCAACGUUACAUUCAGCUUCAGGACAAGACGCCCCAUUGGCACCCUCCUCCAGCGGAGGGUGGAUGACCUGCUGCUCACCAUUGAGCUGGUUGAUGGACGUCUCCGCCUCAGCAGCCUGCGGGGUCAAGGGUCAAGCACCCUGGUUCAGGAGCUCUCUGAGAAGGUGGCGGAUGACGACUGGCACCGGGUGGAGGCCCUGCUGGGCGGUGUUGUGAGCCUCAUUAAGCUGCGCCAACCCUGCUCAGAGGGAAGUUGCUCAAUGGAGUCUGGCACAGAGGACGCUUUUCUGGAGCAAGGCUCGGGGUCACUUGAGCUGGAGUCUGUCCGCCAGAGCCUCUUUCUAGGAGCAGAAGGAGGGAGGUCUGGCUCAGCUGCAAAGAGAGAGACUGCAUACCCUCCAGCCUACCUCGGCUGCUUCCGAGACGUGUUUGUGGACUCACGGCUUGUGGUGCCCGCUGGGAAGCUAAGUAUCAGCUCCUCCACCCAGGUGAACGUCACACUGGGGUGCAGUGAAAGGGACAAGUGUGAGGAUAGCCCUUGUCAGAACAGGGGCCGCUGUUUGAGCCAGGGAUGGAGGAGCUUCUCUUGUGAUUGUCAGAGGCCCUAUGAGGGGCCCACCUGUGCAGAAGAAUAUAUCACUGCUAGAUUUGGCAACCAAGACUUCGGGAGCUUUGCCCUCUUCUCAUUGGACGAUGACCCAGGGGACAAGUUUGUUGUGUCCAUGUUUAUACGCACAAAGCAAUCCAGCGGCCUUCUCCUGACUCUGGCCAAUAGCACCAGCCAGUACCUCCGAUUGUGGCUGGAGGAGGGCCAGAUCAAAGUUCAAGUCAACAAUUUUGAAAGCCUGGUAGGGCAGAGCUCAGUCAGCAAUGGACACUUCCACCUGGUGAUGGUAAAGCUGGAAGACAGAACAGUGGCCCUGUACCAGUCAGGCCACAGCCAGGGGACGGUCCCUAUCCGUCCUGUACUGGCUCAGUCAGGGGACCUAGUCUACGUUGGAGGUCUGGCUGACCAGCGCGCCACUGCCUCCUUCGGAGGUUACUUCAAGGGGUGUGUCCAGGACUUGCGAAUCAACAGCAGACGCCUACAGUUCUUCCCUAUAAAAACUCCAGUGGGCUCUUUCAAGCUGGAGCAGCUUACCAACGUCACACAUGGGUGCACCAGUGAUAACACCUGCUCUGCCAGUCCAUGUCUGAAUGGUGGAGUUUGCUACUCCAUGUGGGAUGACUUCAGCUGCAGUUGUCCUCCCAAUACUGCAGGGCGGCGCUGUGAGGAGGUGAAAUGGUGUGAGCUGUCCCCCUGUCCCUCGACCGCAGUAUGCCAGCCUCUGGCCCAGGGUUUUGAGUGCAAGUCUAAUGUGACCCUCCGAAGUGACCAAAGCACAUUGAUCUACAGAGGCAAUGGGAAAAUCAGUCGCAGCAUCAGCAGCGUCGUUCUUAGUUUCCGAACCAGGCAAACUGACGGCACCCUCAUGCAUGCAGAACGAGGUUCAGAAUACCUCACCAUCUCCCUCCAGCAUUCCCGCCUGCUUCUGGAGCUACAGGUGAAAGCGGGUGUAGGCUCCCUGAAGCUGACUGCACAGAGCUGGGGGCCGGUUAGCGAUGGCGAGUGGCACAUGGUGGAGCUCUUCAUGGAGAACCCUGACCUCAAGACCUCCAGGUGGAUCAUGGUUCUGGACAAGAAGAGAGAGGAAUCAGAUGUGUCAAUCGUAUCCUCUGGGAACCUGGACUUCCUGAGAGAUGGGGUGGACAUCCUCCUGGGGGGGCUAGGACCUGAAACUGGGGGGCACCUGGCUGGGUGCCUAGGGCCUGUGGAGAUUGGAGGGCUUUUAUUGCCCUAUCAUGGAGACACUGACCUGAAUCUACCAAGGCCUCAAGAUGAGCAGUUUGUGAAGCUAUCUGGCAGUGAGCCUCCCCAGUACGGCUGCUUGGGAGCAAGUGUAUGUGCACCCAACCCUUGUCUGAACCAGGGUAUGUGCGAAGACCUAUUUGACCAAUUCCUCUGCAAAUGCUCUCCAGAAUGGUCCGGACCACAGUGCCAGGACUCCUCUGACACCUGUGCUUCCAGCCCCUGUGUCCAUGGCACCUGUACUAUUCAGUCCGGUGGGUACAUGUGUACGUGUGAGCCAGGAUACAAAGGGGCCCGGUGUGAGGCAGAAGUGGACACGUGUGAUGACAACAAAUGCAGCCAGGGGGCCACUUGCCUCAGGGGCCGCCUGAACUACGCCUGCCUCUGCCCCCAAAACAUGACCGGGUUUCUCUGCAAUGUGAAAAUCCCUGACAUACCAUAUAUAUAUAUGGACAAGAUUAUGAUCCCAACACUGCCUGUGUCUAUUUGCCUGAGUAGCAGGUGGAACUACAGCUGUUUCAAUGGUGGAAACUGCUCUACAGUGGAGAACACCUGUGACUGUCUUCCUGGUUUUAUUGGCCAAUGGUGUGAGAAAGAUGUGGACGAAUGCACGUCCAGCCCCUGUCAAAAUGGAGGAUUCUGCCACAACCUCAACAAUGGAUUCCAUUGCAUGUGUGAAAUAAGCUUCUCAGGCGAGCACUGUCAGAUCGACGUCAGUGACUUCUACUUCUAUGUGUUCCUGUUUCUGUGGCAGAACAUGUUCCAGCUUAUGUCAUACCUUAUCUUGCGCCUCGAUGACGGACCUGAGGUAGAGUGGGGAUUCAACAUGGAAGAUUAGAAGCCAAGUGAGAGGGCUUUGUACACACAUCUAUGACCAGCUUACCUUCACAGGAAGCAGGAAAUAUGAUCUCCACUAUCAGCAUGUGAAGUAUCUACAUAUCUACUUAUUGUGAAUAGAAGUUUUGUCUGAACGUAAAAUACAUUAUGUACAAUACAAUACAAAUUUCAGACUGUGUGCUUCAAAUAUGUACUGUAUGUUAUGUAGUAGGCUCUCAUACUUAAACUACAAGAUUGUAGAAGGCUGUUUUUGUGCCUUACAAUAUGUUUUUUAACACAACUUUUUUUCUAAUUUACAGUGUUUUAUAAUGAGACAUACCUGCGCUAACUUGAAGUGCUGACAUGACAGAGCAAAUAUCUAUUUUUGAGAAACCCUAAUUGUGUAGCUAGAAAAUACAUCUGAAUGAAUACACAAAAACAAAAAUACAUAAA